AGGAGAUGCGGGCUGGCUACCAUGUGACGCGGUCCAGAGCUGAAGGGAUUGGCGGAGGCAGCGCAGGCGGUGCAGCUCGCCGGCUUGCUGUUCCUCUCCCUUUCUCUCGCAGCAUCUUCCUGGGAGCCUGUAGGUGAAGCAGCACCAGCAGCAUCCAUGGCCUAUCUUUGGGGUUAACACUUGUCUCCUUCCAUUGGCUUCAGCAACAGCGGGCAGAGCAGAUUUCUCUGCAGCGGCAGCAGUGUUAUGAGGGCUUAGCUGGAACCUGGAAUCGUAUCCUCCUGUAUUUUUUUCAGACUCCUUGGAAUUGAGGAAUGCUAUUCUGCCACCAUGAUGGAAGGAUUGAAAAAACGUACAAGGAAGGCCUUUGGAAUACGGAAGAAAGAAAAGGACACUGAUUCUACAGGUUCACCUGAUAGAGAUGGAAUUCAGGGGAAAAAAAAGACCCAGAAGACUCAGCUUCUCCUCACCUCUUGCUUCUGGCUCAGAGCCCUCUCGUUAACUCUGUCUCAGCAGCGCAGCCCACAUGAACCACCCUACAAUAACAAAGCAGAGUGCGCGCGUGAAGGAGGAAAAAAAGUUUCGAAGAAAAGCAAUGGGGCGCCAAAUGGAUUUUAUGCAGAAAUUGAUUGGGAAAGAUACAACUCACCUGAGCUGGAUGAAGAAGGCUACAGCAUCAGACCUGAGGAACCUGGCUCUACCAAAGGAAAGCACUUUUACUCUUCAAGUGAGUCAGAAGAGGAAGAAGAAUCACACAGGAAAUUUAAUAUCAAGAUUAAGCCAUUGCAAUCUAAAGACCUUCUUAGGAAUACCGCGACUGUAGAUGAACUGAAGGCAUCGAUAGGCAACAUUGCGCUUUCCCCAUCGCCGGUGAGGAAAAGUCCGAGGCGCAGCCCGGGUGCAAUUAAAAGGAACUUAUCCAGUGAAGAAGUGGCCAGACCAAGGCGUUCCACACCAACCCCAGAACUUAUAAGCAAAAAACCUCCAGAUGACACUAUGGCCCUAGCUCCCCUCUUUGGACCACCAUUAGAAUCAGCUUUUGAUGAACAGAAGACAGAAGUUCUUUUAGAUCAGCCUGAGAUAUGGGGUUCCGGCCAACCAAUUAAUCCAAGCAUCGAGUCGCCAAAGUUAACAAGGCCUUUUCCCACUGGAACACCUCCACCACUGCCUCCAAAAAAUAUACCAGCCACUCCACCCCGAACAAGCUCCCCGCUAACAGUUGGACCAGGAAAUGACCAGUCAGCCACAGAGGUCAAAACUGAAAAACCACCAUCAAUCAAUGACUUGGACAGCAUUUUUGGCCCAGUGUUGUCCCCCAAAUCUGUUGCUGUUAAUGCUGAAGAAAAGUGGGUCCAUUUUUCUGAUACGUCCCCGGAACAUGUUACUCCAGAGUUGACUCCAAGGGAAAAGGUGGUGUCCCCACCAGCUACACCAGACAAUCCAGCUGACUCCCCAGCUCUGGGCCCCCCAGGCCCCCCUGGUCCCCCAGGACCCCCUCCAGGGCCCCCUGGUCCUCCUCCCAACGUACCGUCACCGCUUAAUUUAGAAGAAGUCCAGAAGAAAGCCGCUGAGCAGACCUUCGUUAAAGACGAUUACUUAGAAACAGUCUCAUCUCCUAAAGAUUUUGGGUUGGGCCAGAGAGCAACUCCGCCUCCCCCACCACCACCCACCUACAGGACUGUGGUUUCGUCCCCCGGACCUGGCUCGGGCAGUGGUACGGGGACCACCAGUGGUGCGUCAUCCCCUGCUCGGCCUGCCACUCCCUUGGGUCCCAGCAGCAGCACCACCCCACCUCCACCUCCUCCCCGGCCUCCAUCUCGGCCAAAGCUACCUCCAGGAAAACCUGGAGUCGGAGAUGUGCCCAGACCUUUUAGCCCUCCCAUACAUUCUUCCAGCCCUCCUCCGAUAGCACCCCUAGCCCGGGCUGAAAGCACUUCGUCAAUAUCGUCUACCAAUUCCUUGAGUGCAGCCACCACUCCCACAGUUGUGUCAGAAGAUGAUGUUUUUUAUGACAAACUGCCCUCAUUUGAAAGGCGCUGUGAAACCCCUGCAGAGAAUGAACAGCCUUCCCUCGUUUGGUUUGACAGAGGAAAGUUUUAUUUGACUUUUGAAGGUUCUUCCAGGGGACCCAGCCCCCUAACCAUGGGAGCCCAGGACACCCUCCCUGUUGCAGCAGCAUUUACAGAAACGGUCAAUGCCUACUUCAAAGGAGCAGAUCCAAGCAAAUGUAUCGUGAAGAUUACUGGAGAAAUGGUGUUGUCCUUUCCUGCUGGCAUCACCAGACACUUUGCCAACAACCCAUCGCCAGCUGCCCUGACUUUCCGGGUGAUAAAUUUCAGCAGGUUAGAACACGUCCUGCCAAAUCCCCAACUUCUCUGCUGCGAUAAUUCCCAAAAUGAUGCCAAUACAAAGGAAUUCUGGGUAAACAUGCCAAAUUUGAUGACUCACCUAAAGAAAGUGUCGGAACAAAAACCCCAGGCUACAUAUUAUAACGUGGACAUGCUUAAAUAUCAGGUGUCUGCCCAGGGCAUUCAGUCCACGCCUCUGAACCUGGCAGUGAACUGGCGGUGUGAGCCAGCAAGCACCGACCUGCGCAUUGACUACAAAUACAAUACGGAUGCAAUGACAACCGCUGUAGCCCUCAACAACGUGCAGUUCCUGGUCCCCAUAGAUGGAGGAGUAACCAAGCUCCAGGCUGUGCUCCCCCCAGCAGUCUGGAAUGCUGAACAACAAAGAAUAUUGUGGAAGAUUCCUGAUAUUUCUCAGAAGUCAGAAAACGGAGGGGUGGGUUCUUUAUUGGCAAGAUUUCAGUUAUCUGAGGGCCCAAGCAAACCUUCCCCAUUGGUUGUGCAGUUCACAAGUGAAGGAAGUACCCUUUCUGGCUGUGACAUUGAACUUGUGGGAGCAGGCUAUCGAUUUUCACUCAUCAAGAAAAGGUUUGCUGCAGGAAAAUAUUUGGCAGAUAACUAAUAUAACCUUAUGCAAGGAUUUGGAGGACUCAUAAUGGAGAACUGUUGUAUGAGAAACAGGUUUCACUUUGGGUUUGAUAAAGGCAAAUCAAAAUCUGCACUUGGGACCUAUCUGCUGGAAAUGCCCCUGACUUUUCAGCAAUGAUUUCCCUCACACAAUACCAUGAUGACCAGUCCUACAGUAUUUACUUCUAGGUGUAAUAUUGUUAUGGUUUUAAAAUGUAAUUAUUGUAUUUGUAAAUUGUACUCAUUCCAGUAAGGCGGAUAGACACUUGAGUUUUAGCAUUUUACCAUUCCUGAAAUGGAUGUAAUUUAAACUGUGGUAUGUAAAUUUAAUAGUAGUACUGUUGAAUGGCACAGUGCUUACAGAGGUAGAUUGCAUUUUGUCAAUAUAUAAAAUUUAAAUAUAAUGUUGAUAGGUAUCAUAAAGGGGGUGCCACAUACAAAGAAAAUUAAGUGGAACCAGAAAAAACACUGCUUUUUUCUUCAGUCCUUAGUAUGUUUUACUCUAGUGCUAAAUAAAAAUUCUAUCUUCAAAUGGUUAGUGGGUUAAAUUCAGAAAUUAUUUCAGAAAAUAGAAUUCUAAGGUUACAGCAUAUUCAAAGAAAAGCAUUAAUUACCACUUUUUAAAAAGCUUUUUUUUCAAACUGCAAUUUCAUAAAAAUGCAAACUGUGUAAACAGGGCCUCUUAUUUUUAUAACUUGUGUAAAAAGGGAAAGCAAUUCAUAUUUAAAGUUUAAGUAUAUGAAAUUAUAAUCAAGAGUAAAGAAGAUGUUGAAGUCUUAACUACUUCCCCCUCUCUACAGUUUAGCAAAUGUAAAGAUUACUGAACAAUCAGUCAGACUAAAACCAAAACAGUGAUUUUAAAAUUUUAAGACUUUCCAUAGUCAAACUGGUUAACAAUUUAUGCACAAUUACUCUAAACAGAGAGUUUCUCCCAUCUAGCAUGGAGAAUGGUUCCACGUAUGUUCCUCUUUACCCGCAGGAAUCAAAAUACUGGUACUAAAAAUCUCAGAAAAAAGUAUUUUAGUUCCCAGUUUAAAUCCUGAAGGAGAUUUUAAUUGUCAUCAUUUAUGUCGUUUGGGAAGGAGAAAAAUAAGCUUUAUAAAUUAAAUUCUAUCCACAUAAUUGUGCAAUAAAUUUCCUUUUAGAUAAGAUUCAUUAUACGUAGCCAUAAAUCUUUGCCAUUCUUGGGGAAUCAAAAAGAAAAGUUAUCAAAAAUUUGUCACGAUUUCAUUGUUGCAACAUGUAGUAAAAACUUUAAUUACUCAGUCUGGCAUCACGAAUUGGGAAUUCAGAAUAGAGAAGCACUUCUUCAGGGAUCUCAGUUGUAAAACCUUCCUCUGUUAUGAUCUGAAAACAUGAAUCUUCCUUCAAGUCAUAGAACUUAUUUUAAACGUAAGCAAAUUUUUAUUCUAGUUUAUAUUGUUAAAUAACUAACUAUUAAGUUGUUCUGUUUAUAAUGAGUUGCUAAAUUUUAUUUUACAUUCACUCAUAUGACAAAGAAUCUUUAGCCCCUUUAAAUUUUAGAAUCAAAUUAAAUUUUGUAAGUCUUACUCUUAAAAUGAGAUUGUGACUGGCAGUUGUCUAUAGUGGAACUUUUUAAAUUAAUAUUUGUACUUCUCAAUCAGUGCUAGAACAGAAAAUGUUCAAAAUGAUCUGUUUUACCUUAGAAGAAUUCUUACUAUUCAAACAAAAUCUCGAUUGGCUCCCAAUCUUUUGUUGAAGUUUUUUGAACAAAUAAUUAAUGUACUAAUUUGAAGUAAAGAUAUUCAAUUUGAUUUUGAAACCAAAAUAGAAAAUAAAAACUUUUAAAUCCGAUGAAACAUGGGGAAAUUUCAAACACUGAAAUCAAUCGAAAGUAAGCAGCUGAAAAUUGGGAAUUAUCCAGCAUAUGAGUAUAAAAAUGUGUUUUUAAAUAAUCAAUUCAUGAAAAUGUAUUGAAUAUUAACACAAAGUAUAUUAAAAUGUGUAAAUAUUACUCUUCUCAUGUUUUGCUCUUUAUAUUUUAUUUUAUAUGGUUCUGGAGUGAAUUGGUAAUUACACAUAAGGAUGUUUUUGUCAAAGAAUAAUUUUGUUGAUAUUGUAAAAAUGUAAUUUAAAACAUAGAUUACAAUAGUCCCUAAUGUUACUCAAAUGUUUCUAGGAACUAAAAUUUGAAACUAUGAAAAUAUCCUAUGAUCUCUUAAUUGGUCUUUGUGAAACAGAAUUGAAGUCAGUGAUUUCAAAAAUUACUAAACUUUGAAUAACCAGAACCUCAAAAAAGAAUAUAUCCCUCUUCCUUUCAGAAAAUAGGUCACAAUAAACUCAUAUCAGGGCGAUUAGGGUUUUGGGUUUUUUUAAUCUUGUAGUUUAUAAUCUGUUACACUCGUACCCACAUAACUGUGCAAUAAGAAUUCAUGUUAGAAAGAAUGAUCCCAGACAAUGCAAGAGUCUCAGUAUAGAAGAAACAUUAAGACAGGUUCAUUAUCAAUUCCUAAAACAGAACAAAAUGUACAUAUUAAGAUUUUCAAAACCAGGGGCUAAUAUAAAAAGAAAGGGAUCUCAUUAACCAGAACACCAUUUCCUGAGCAUCAUGGUUAAAAAAGAUUCUGUUCCAACAGAUAGAAAUUAUGAAUGAUACUGCUUUAUUUUGGCAACAUGAAAAGUAUGUUUUCAAAUAAAUUCCAUAUUUUCAUGAUAUUUUUUAGAAAUAAAUUCUUAUUACAAAUUAGUCUGAAUUUUAUCAUAAUUGGAAUUUAUAAUUUCUAAGAAUUAAAUUUUUAAUUAUUUUUAAAGCUCUAUUCUUCGCUACAACUACAGCCAAAAUGAAAAUUCACUGUAUGGCAUUUGGGAAUAUAGCUCAUCUGUCAAGAAAGAAUGUCCACAUUUCAAAUGGUUUCAAGUGAAUAGAAAAGAACAGCCCAGAAAAUCAAACUACAGAUAUUUUAUUUUUGGUUUUAUGGAUUUUUACUCCCUCUCAAUCUGUAAAGUGGUUGGGGCCACAAUUAAACAUCUUUUUAUUUCUUCUUUUCAAAGAAACCUGGUAACUACCCUAACUCCUGCUGUGUGACCUUAGGCAAAUCACUGACCUUUUCAUUUUCUCAUCUUUAGAAUGAGGGUUUGGGAUUGCCAGUGGUUUUCAAGCUUUUCUUAACAGCAGGACUUUCUUCUACUAGAAUUGCACAUGGAAUCCUGUUAGGCAAAACAGCUCAAAGCAAUGAAGGAGUUCCUCCAGCAGUUUAAAUCUGGGGACCCCCGACCCUAGGGAACUGUUUCAACAACAUAAUAAUACAUCAAAGAUCUAUAUAGUUUCUUCCACCUCUGAAGUUAUGUGAUUCUACUUGGCUUGGAUAGAUACACCAUUGGGGGCUUUAAAAGCAAACUUUUACAAUCUGACUGAUAUACAAUAAAAAUUGAUAUUUACUUCAGUGCUUACCAUGUACCAGUCACUUUAGAUAUUAGCUCAUUUAAUUCUUAUAUCAACUCAAAAAUUGUAGGUACUCUUUUUAAUUUCUGUUUUACAAAUGGUGACACUGAGGCUUAGACAGGUUAAUUAAUUUGCUCAAAGUGACACAGCAGCUGGAAGUAACCCAGUUAUCUUGACUGCAGAGGGAGCCCCUGACCUGUUUUGCUUGCUCAUACUGGGGAAUAAACCCUUCUGUUUUAUUUUACUAUACAAACUCUAUUUGAAUACCAAGGUAAUGGUGCUAUGAAAAAUUAGUAUCAAAAUAAGGAUUAUUCCAAUUGCAAAAUUGUUGGGAAAAAAUACGUUUCUCAAAGUAUGAUACAUGGAUGACUUGUAUUAUCAUUUUUUUUUUAAUUUUUUGUAUUAUCAUUUAUUUUUAAAGUGCAAUGAUUUUGGCUUAGUCACAAAUAUAUCCCUAGAGCCUAGAAGAUGGCAGGCAUCAAUAAAUUUAUAUUAAAGGAAUAAAUCUCUAGAAAGGGAGUUUAGGAAUAUGUAUUUUGACAAGCCCCCAAAAUUUGAGAAGCACUGCCCUAGUAUAUUUCUCAGGUCCUUCUUAGUUCUGACAUACCAGAUUUUAAACAUUAAAUUUUAAGUUGAAGGCCAUUUUUCUAGCAAAUUAAUUUUUUUCAUUCAGACCAUUUAACUUCCUCCAGUCGAGAGAGAGAGAGAGAGAG